AUGGAAGCUGGCCGCAGCCUAUGGACUACGUUUACGUCUACGCUCAAGAACAACGGCAGCUACGAGAGAGAUGUUCAGCAAAGAUGCGCUAAAGCCACUUCUGCAUUCAACUCCUUAACGAAAUGCCUGUGGUCGACCCCCAUCACCAACGAAGUCAAGCUGCGAGUCUACCUAUCCGCAAUUCGCCCCAUCAUGAUGUACGGAUCGGAGACUUGGGCAGCACCACCAGCGCUUAUGGAGAGGCUUGACUGCACGGAACGAAAGCCGCUUAGAUGGCUACUUGGCUACUUUUGGCCAAGGGUAUGCCACAAUGAUGAUCUUCACGCAGAAAUUGAUGUGGUAUACCGGCGGAUGACACGUGGAAGAUGCCAACAUCUUGCACCGCCAUCGAAAGUGGCUAAAGUAAAUCGUCUUCGCUUCUUUGGUCAUAUAUUAAGGAGAUCGGCAGAUCGCCUUGUUCAACGAGUUCUGAGGAGUUUCCCGGGUUCGAGUUGGAAAAAGCCAUCUGGCCGAAAACGGAAGUUCUGGACUGAGGGGGUGAAAGAGGACCAGAGGACAUUCAGCGUGGAUAGGCAGUUCAGGCGAGACGUAAUGUUUCGCAGAAUAUGGAAUAGCGACGAAUGGACUGAUUCUGUGCUAGCUCUCGCAGAAGAUCGAAAAGGUUGGGCAGAGCUGUGUUCAAUGACGCCACACCUCAGCGAAGAUGCGGGUAAUCGCGUCAAGUCAAGCAAGACUACCAUCAACUGGGAUCUCUUCGCUACGCUAGCCGGCUUUUGGGAAGAUUCUGCAAUGGACAACAUCGACGAGGAAUAUGACCGGCUUGUCGAACACCUUCACGACUGCGCGAAGAAGGCUGAGAGUUUUAAAACCACCAAGAGGCGUCUGUCUCUUGAAACUCUUGAGCUGAUACGCCAGCGUGGAGCAGCACGAGCCGCAGGGAACCAAGAACUCACGUCCGAGCUCGCAAGGCUUUGCCGAGAGGCGAUAAAGGAAGACCUUAAAGAGAGAAGAGCAGAAGUGCUGGCUGAAGCUGCAGAGGCGGGGAAAAGCAUCCGCUAUGCCCGUCGAGACUUCGCCAGUCGCAAGACGAGGAUGACUGCUCUCCGGAACCCAAAGGGAACAGCCAUUGCAUCGAGAAGGGGGAUGGAGAAAAUCAUCUACGACUUCUACUCUGAUCUCUUCGACAGCCAUGUCCACUUGCCUCCUCACCAUCUGAGGGAAGAUGGACAAGUCAUUCCAGAGGCUCUCCCGUCCGAAAUACGACAUGCUAUCAUGUCGGUAAGAAAUCGUACGGCACCCGGUCCCGACAGAAUAAGACCAGAACACCUGAAGAGCCUUCCGCCAGUACUCAUCAACACCCUGGCGAGGCUCUUUACACGUUAUCUGUCGGAAUGCAAGGUUCCUAAACAGUGGAAGACCAGCAAGACCGUGUUGUUGUAUAAAAAGGGAGAUCCACAUGACAUCGGCAACUAUCGCCCAAUCUGCCUACUGUCCGUCAUCUACAAGCUCUUUACAAGAGUAAUCCUUAAUAGGAUUGAAAAAGUCUUGGAUGAAGGACAGCCAUGCGAGCAAGCAGGGUUUCGAAAAGGAUUCAGCACGAUUGACCACAUUCACACUGUUUCGAAACUCAUCGAGGUAUCACGAGAGUACAAGAUGCCGCUCUGUCUCACCUUCAUCGACUUAAAGAAGGCUUUCGACUCGGUUGAGACGGAAGCGGUCGUGGAAGCCUUGGACAACCAAGGCGUCCCUACUCAAUAUAUAAAGGUACUUCGAGAGUUGUACAGUAACUUCACGACCGCAAUUUCGCCAUUCUACAAGAACAUCGUCAUUGACGUGAAGAGGGGGGUCCGACAGGGUGAUACAAUUUCACCCAAAAUAUUCACAGCCACCCUCGAGAACGCAAUGCGAAAGUUGGAAUGGGACGACAUGGGAGUGAAGGUUGAUGGUCGGCAGCUACACCAUUUGCGCUUUGCUGAUGACAUGGUACUGGUAACACCUAGCAUCAGCCAAGCGGAACGAAUGCUGACCGAAUUCGACGAAACAUGUGGAUGCAUCGGUCUUCAGCUGAAUCUACAAAAGACGAUGUUCAUGCGGAACGGAUGGGUCUCGGAUGCCCCAUUCACGCUCAACGGAACGAACAUAUCCGAAUGCACCAGCUACGUUUAUCUGGGUCGGGAACUGAACAUGAUGAACGACCUGACCCCCGAGCUGGGCAGGAGGAGACGAGCGGCUUGGGGAGCGUACAAGAGCAUCGAGGAUGUAGUGAAGAAGACCAGGAACACCCGGCUCCGUGCUCACCUCUUCAACACCACCGUACUUCCUGCUUUGACCUAUGCUUCGGAAACCUGGGCAUUUCGCAAGCAGGAAGAAAACGCGGUGAGCGUCAUUGAACGCGCAGUUGAGAGAGUGAUGCUAGGAGUAUCCCGUUUCACGCAAGUGAGGGACGGGAUUCGAAGUUCUCUCCUACGUCAGCGAUCGAAGAUUAGAACCGCCGCCGCGUUUGCCAUAGAAAGUAAAAUAAGGUCUCAGAAUGGUGCCCCUGCACCACGAAGCAGUAGGAUUGGAUGGCACGUGUCCAACUGCGCCCGAAGGCAAUGGAACGCAUGCCAUAGCGUCAUGUAG